UAUUUCUUUAUUCGAUCUUCCUUCUCCACACUUCCAUCUUCAAUGGCUAUCCCUCUUCCCAUGAUAGCUUUAUCCCUCGAGGGACAAGUCUCCAAUGCGUUCACAUCCCAAAAUCCAGCUCCACUGCCACUCCUCAGCCACAAACACAAGCGAUUUCACACAGUAGAGCUUGCAACCAGAAGAACACUACCAGUGGUAGUCACGCAAGUUCUGUCUGAGAGAAAUGAGUCCAUGGCGUCGAUCAUCACCGAUCUUAACAAGGAAGAACAACAACAGAUGGUGGAAGAUGAAGAAAAGAAGGAGGAGAAGAGACUUGCAGAUUGUUGGCAUGAGAUCCACGGCAAGGACGAUUGGAUUGGAAUGCUUGACCCUAUGGAUCCUCUCCUUCGUUCCGAACUGAUUCGUUACGGCGAGAUGGCUCAAGCUUGCUACGACGCCUUCGAUUUUGAUCCUUACUCGAAAUACUGCGGUAGUUGCAGAUUCAACCGUCGCAGGUUCUUCGAGCGCCUUGGAAUGACGAGUCUAGGCUACGAUGUUUCUCGCUACAUCUAUGCAACCUCUAAUAUUAAUCUCCCAAAUUUCUUCAAGACCUCACGGUGGCCUAAGGUCUGGUCUCGAAGCGCCAAUUGGAUCGGAUAUGUCGCCGUUUCCAACGAUGAAACCUCGGUUAGGCUAGGGCGUCGCGACAUAACGAUCGCCUGGAGAGGAACGGUGACUCGGCUUGAAUGGAUCGCCGAUCUCAUGGAUUACCUCCGGCCAGUCUCUUCCGAUAAGAUUCCUUGUCCCGAUCCGUCGGUCAAGGUCGAAUCGGGAUUCCUCGAUGUCUACACCUACAAGGAUGAGAAUUGCCGGUUCUGUAAGUACUCAGCCAGAGAACAGAUCUUGACGGAGGUGAAGAGAUUGAUCCAACAGUACCCAAACGAGGAACUGAGCAUCUCUGUGACGGGGCACAGUUUGGGUGCUGCCCUAGCGAUACUGAGUGCGUACGAUAUUGUAGAAACCGGUGUAGAUCUGACGGAGGACGGUCGGACCGUACCGGUCAGUGUGUUUUCUUUCUCUGGGCCAAGGGUCGGAAAUGUCCGGUUCAAGGAACGGCUCGAGAGUUUAGGGGUGAAGGUGUUGAGGGUGGUGAACGUUCACGAUACGGUGGCUAAGGUUCCUGGUUUGUUUUUUAAUGAGCACGUGCCAGAGUUCGUGCAGAAGAUGGCCGAGGGGUUACCCUGGUGUUACUCGCACGUGGGAGUCGAGCUGGCGCUGGAUCAUAAGAACUCUCCUUUCUUGAAGGACAUUAAUGACCCUACCAAUUUCCAUAACUUGGAGGUUCACCUGCAUUUGCUUGACGGGUACCAUGGAAAAGGCAAGAGAUUUGUGCUUUCCAGUAAAAGGGACAUCGCUCUAGUGAACAAGGCUGCUGAUUUCUUGAAAGAUCACCACUUAGUGCCACCCUUUUGGAGGCAAGAUGAGAACAAGGGGAUGGUGAGGAAUUAUGAAGGACGCUGGGUACAACCUGAAAGGCCAAAACUUGAUGAGCAUCCACCUGAUAUGCACCACCACAUCAAGCAAUUGGGUCUAGCUUCUGAUUUAUAGAGAAAGUGUAACAUCUAGAGCUGUCUGGCAUCUCUCUUUAUCUCAUUCUCCUCAAGGUAAUUUAACCCAUUUGUGGGAAGGGAUGGUUACAAUGAAGUUAGAGUUUGAGACUAGAAAACCGUGUCAGUUAAAGAGGCUAAGAAAAUGUAAAAUGCAUGUAUAAGAAGAGAAUAUUAAGGUGUAAAUUAUAAGU